CCCCAGGAGAACCUGCACUGCCGAUCUCGUCGACAAACGAAAUCCCUACGCCUUGAACUGUCACGGGCUGAUUAAUCCAGCAACUCGUGCCGCUCCAGAGCGUUCCUGGCGAGACGCAGUCCUCCCACUAGGCCCUUGCCCCGUGUCGUAACGUCAUCUCUCACUUUUCCUCUCAUUCAUCUGUGCAGCCUCAUCGUCCCUCAUUUCCUACACUCACUUUAGUCUCGAAUCUUCAGUGUUCUAUCCCAAGAGCAGUUAAAUUCCAAAUUCACAACCGUCGUGCUAAUACAGCCAUCUAAUCCCCAACACGUUUGUUGCACUCAACAUGGCAACCGAAGCUCACUGUGCCUACUGCUUCGAGAUCCUCUCAUCCAGCCUUGAGAAGCGUGCUCCUCUCAAUCUCCGCCAAGUAGAGCAACUCUGGAAACAAUGGAACCCACAAUUUUCAUCAAAGUCAGCCGAGAUCUUAGACGAGAGCACCGAACCCUCAGAAUCCAUCGACGAUACCGAUGGCAACGUUACUCUCGCUGCCCCACUCGACAACUCCAGCCCUACAACCCACCGUCCGGCUGCUGUUUCAAGGCUCCUUAAUCCUUCACCAUCGACAACGAGUUCCUCUAGUGUACAGAGCACCACCAGUUCAACACCCAGCGCGGCAAGCGAGGCCAGCUCCUCAACCAGCAAGAAUAGCAGUGGGAGUAGCGUGCUAUCGUCGCUAGGCAAGAGGCUGCGGGGUGCGGAGAAGGAGAGGACCGAAGAUGAUAGCCCAUUGUUCGUGACAUGGAAUGUCAUGCCUUCACGACCGGGCGGUGAAAAGAGGCUGAGGGGAUGCAUCGGAACAUUCCAGCCACAAGAGUUGGAUGAUGGACUUCGGAGUUAUGCUCUGACUUCCGCGUUCGAAGACACCCGCUUCCGUCCCAUUACCAGAGGCGAGCUAUCUACACUUGAAGCUGGCGUCACACUUCUUACUGAUUUCGAGUCCAUCUCCGACCCCAUGGAUUGGACUUUGGGUGUGCAUGGCUUGCGCAUCUCUUUCGAGUACAAAAAUCGCCGCUACGGCUCUACAUAUCUGCCCGAUGUCGCGAGAGAACAAGGUUGGACAAAAACUGAGACUAUUGUCAGUCUGAUGCGAAAGGCCGGAUGGAGCGGGCGAUCAUCUACGUGGGAUCAAGUUGAUCUCAAAGUUGUCAGAUACCAAGGUCGACAGGCGAAGCUAGAUUACACAGUGUGGGAGCAAUGGAGGAAAUGGGUUGAUGGUUUGGAAGAGUAA